AUGUCUGAUACAUCGCUGAACUCUCCCAACUCUCCAUUCAUCAUGCGUGGCCCCUACUACCCAAGACGCCACUGUUCCUCACUGUCGCCUGAACUCGAAGCUCUUGAACAUGAGCUUAUGAUCACGGCUGAGAACACAGUGACAGCAAUCGGCUGGUCUGCGGAUGGAGAGCUGCCAGCCAUCUGCGAGUUUCAGACCGGAUUCGUCUUGCCGCGCAUCAGAGUCACUGCAGACUGGCUUCGUAGCCUUGGGCUUGCAGACGACAGUUGCUACUAUUACAACACCACGCAUGAAUGCUGGAGAAAGAUCAUCGUGGGUCAUGUCCUCACCCUCACUCAGCCCUACGUUUACCUCAAGAAUCUCAACGUGAAAGUUACGCUCGACUUUGACAUCUACGUUCAACGACAGCCACAAAAGCAAAGGCUCGCCCUACCUUACUAUCCUCGCUCUCUGCAACGCAUCAAGCGAGAGGUGUCUCUGGACGUCAUCAGCAUUUCGCCAGAUUCAGACACAGGUGGCAGUGAGACGAGUUCUCGAGGCUUAUCAUAUGAUCAUCCCAUUACUAUGACUACCUAG